GUUGGUGGCCAGCCAGGAGGAGGAGAAAAAGGGGAGGGGGCGUGGCUGAGGGGGGUGGGUCAGGGCCUGGAGAGUGAAAGCGAAAGCUGGGGCUGCUAGCCCGGGCUCGAGAACUGGCAAGUGGGGGAAGCAUGGCCAAGCCUUGUGGGGUCCGUUUGAGUGGAGAAGCCCGAAAACAGGUGGAUGUCUUCAGACAAAAUCUUUUCCAGGAGGCUGAUGACUUCCUCUGCACUUUCUUGCCACGGAAAAUCAUAUCCCUGAGUCAGCUCUUGCAGGAGGAUUCCCUCAAUGUGGCCGACCUCUCCUCCCUCCGGGCUCCCCUGGACAUCCCUAUCCCAGAUCCUCCACCCAAGGAUGACGAGAUGGAAACAGACAAGCAGGAGAAGAAGGAAGUCCCUAAGUGCGGCUACCUCCCGGGGAAUGAGAAGCUUCUGGCCCUGCUUGCUUUGGUUAAGCCAGAAGUCUGGACUCUCAAAGAGAAGUGCAUUCUGGUAAUCACGUGGAUCCAGCACCUGAUCCCCAAGAUUGAGGAUGGAAAUGAUUUUGGGGUGGCAAUUCAGGAGAAGGUGCUGGAGAGAGUGAAUGCUGUCAAGACCAAAGUAGAAGCUUUCCAGACAACCAUUUCCAAGUACUUCUCAGAACGUGGGGAUGCUGUAGCCAAGGCUUCCAAGGACACCCAUGUAAUGGAUUACCGGGCCUUGGUGCAUGAGCGAGAUGAAGCAGCCUAUGGGGCGCUUAGGGCCAUGGUGCUGGACCUGAGGGCCUUCUAUGCUGAGCUUUAUCAUAUCAUCAGCAGCAACCUAGAGAAAAUUGUCAACCCGAAGGGUGAAGAAAAGCCAUCGAUGUACUGAGCUAAGGAUUAGAAGGAAAAUAAAUGAUUUAUACUUUAUGUAUA